ACCCCCCCGCAUCCUGGACAAAACCGUGAGCGCUGGAGACCACCUCCACACGGAGACCCGAGCACCAUGUUGGACCAUGAGGAGUGCCUGCUGGAGUCCUGUCCCCGGGAGCUGACCCAGAACCCGCUGCGGAAGAUCUGGACGCCGUGCAAGAACGGCCACAUCGUGCAGCGACGCGUCUGUACAACCAACUGUCCGACCCUCAUCGUGACCGUGGGGCUUCCUGCCCGAGGAAAGACCUACAUCUCAAAGAAGCUGACCCGCUACUUGAACUGGAUCGGUGUUCCGACCAAAGAAUUCAACGUGGGCCAGUAUCGCCGCGAGUGUGUGAAGAUCUACAAGUCCUUUGAGUUUUUCCGUCCAGACAAUGAAGAAGGCCUCAAGAUCCGACGUCACUGUGCCACCGCGGCUCUGAACGACGUUCGGCAGUACCUGAGUGUGGAAGGAGGACAGGUGGCGGUCUUUGAUGCCACAAAUACCACACGAGAACGAAGAGGAACCAUCGUCAAGUUUGCGGAACAAAAUGGCUUCAAGGUGUUUUUCGUGGAGUCGGUGUGCGAGGACCCAGAUGUCAUCGCGCAGAACAUUGUUCAAGUGAAGUUGGGCAGCCCUGACUACAUCCACUGCAACACAGAUGAGGCCAUUGAAGACUUCAUGAAGAGAAUCAAGUGUUACGAGUCGUCCUACCAGCCUCUGGAUGAAGUCCUGGACAGAGACCUGUCCUACAUCAAGAUCAUGGACGUGGGGCGCCGUUACCUGGUCAACAGGGUGCUGGACCACAUCCAGAGUCGCAUCGUGUACUACCUGAUGAACAUCCACAUCACCCCCCGCUCCAUCUACCUGUCGCGCCACGGUGAAAGUGACCUGAACAUCAAGGGCCGCAUCGGUGGCGACGCCGGGCUCUCGGCACGGGGCAAAGAGUACGCCAAAUGCCUGAGGAUGUACAUCCAGGACCAGAACAUCAAGGACCUGAAGGUGUGGACCAGCCAGAUGCAGCGAACCAUCCAGACGGCCGAGUGCCUGGGAGUGCCGUACGAGCAGUGGAAGGCUCUCAACGAAAUAGACGCCGGCGUGUGUGAGGAGAUGAUGUACGAGGAGAUCCAGGAGCACUACCCUCUGGAGUUCGCCCUGCGAGACCAAGACAAGUACAGAUACCGAUACCCCAAAGGAGAGUCCUACGAAGACCUGGUGCAGAGACUGGAGCCGGUCAUCAUGGAGCUGGAGAGACAAGAGAACGUUCUGGUGGUGUGUCACCAGGCUGUGAUGCGCUGCCUCCUCGCCUACUUCCUCGACAAGACCGCGGAUGAGUUGCCUUAUCUCAAGUGCCCGCUGCACACCGUGUUGAAGCUGACGCCGCUGGCGUACGGCUGCAAAGUGGAGUCGGUCUACCUGGGCGUGGAUGCAGUCAACACCCACAGGGACAGACCCGGGUCAGAGGAGAGGUGACCGGCUGAGAAAUGUGCCGCCACUUUCUGUCCACCCAGCUCUUUUUCUGUCAUUCCCAGGACGGAGUGACGGGAACACGUGACAGUAACACGUGACAGUAACAAGUCUCUAAAGUUUCAGUGAGUCAGGAAGUGAAGACCCAUGUUCUCAGGAGUGUGUCGAGUGAAAUAGAUGUCGUGUUGUACAAUGGUGUAGAUGUGAAGUUUUCCAUUUGUAUUGCAAACCAAAGUGACCUCGCUGAUUGUUUACAUGAAGAACAGCUGAACGUGCAGCUGAAGACGGCAAUAAAACUCUACCGAACCCAAGUCUCCCAAGAAACUGUUCUUUGAGAACCUAUGUUAUUUAUAGCCCGUGCCGACUCUCUGUUGCACGAUGAGCUCGAGUCGCGGUGAAGCUCCGCCUUCUCAGUGCUGCAGUCUCCCACGGCAGUGGUCAGUGUCAUGCAAACAUGGACCUGACUUCCUUCACUGGACACUGACCCCUGCAGGUUCCAUUCAAGUACUGCAGUUUUGACAAGUGGUCGUAAUGUUACGGCCCCAUAGUGCCAGUGACAUGAUGACUUUUGAAAAAUUCUGGCGGUGAGUGCUGGUCCUGACCAGGGUGUCCGCCGCCUCUCUCCCAGCUAGCCAGGACCCUAUUGAGGGAACUACAUCAUCCAUUCAGUCGCCAGUAGCUUUGCGCCUUGAGACUCAAGAACCUUCCUUUGUUCUUCACGCCAGUUUAAUAUGCACCUGCUCGAGGACCCAAAUUUAACCAGCGAGCUAAAAUAAACCUUCCUUUAUUGGUCGGUAAACUCCAUUUCUAAUGAGAGUGGCGUGGGUCUCAAAUAUUUGUCAGGAGAUUGUUGUCAGACACUUACACUGUCCUUGAAUCUCUCUUUUAUCAGAGGGACCGGAACACACACCUUCCUCUGACAGUCAAAGCUCUCAUUGCAGCUCGGAUGAAGGUUUUGCCUGAAAACGGCCGCUUCUGAGCUUCCUUCUC